UCGCUGAAAUUGUCGUAAAAAAAACAAAACAUUGCCACACCAAAAACCGACUUGGAAUCAGAACUAGAUUUAAAUGCCCUACGUCCGUCAGCGUUGUUGCUUAUGAGAAAAUAGUCAUCAAAUAACUAAAAAGUUGGACUAUUUUUCCAGCCUUCCAGAUUCUGAAAAUGCAGCGAUGGACACAAGAGGACAGCUUCGGCUUGUGACACUUCGCCAAUUGAUUCCCUGACAGACGUCCCCUGCGUGCUAGGACACGACCAACGCUAAUGGAAGUCGACGACGAUGACGUGCCUCUCAUCCUCACAUGGGACGAUGCAAACAGCGGUCUACUUAAUGAAGACCCAGAGAGGGGGGACGAGAAUGGUGAUGUGGGAAACAAUGACGUAGUAAAUAGCGGUGUGGUGUCAACACCUGGGCCUCAAACCCACCGAGCACACAACGUGACUUUGCGGCAAAGCUGGGAGAUGAACUACCAGGAGGCGGCCAUCUACUUGCAGGAGGGAGAGAACAAUGACAAGUUCUUUACCCACCCUCGAAACACCAAAGCGCUGGCAGCAUACCUUUUUGCCCAUAACCAUCUCUUCUACGUGAUGGAGCUGCUGACAGGCCUAUUGCUCAUGACGCUGUCGCUGUGUGAAGCUCCUGCGGUGCCUUCGCUGCGCCUGGACGUCUACGUUCACGCCACCCUGGAGCUGCUCGCUUUGGUUAUUGUGGCAUUUGAGCUGUGCAUGAAGCUCCGCUGGCUGGGCUUCCACACCUUCAUACGACACAAGAGGACCAUGGUUAAGUCAUGUGUGUUGCUGCUGCAGUUCGUGGAGGCCAUAGUGGUUCUGGUCCGACAGACGUCCCACAUGCGAGUGACCCGCGCCCUCAGACCAAUAUUCCUGGUGGACUGCAGAUACUGCGGCGCUGUACGCAGAAAUUUGCGGCAGAUCUUCCAGUCGCUCCCACCAUUCAUUGAUAUCCUCCUUCUACUCCUGUUCUUCAUGGUUAUAUUUGCUAUCUUGGGAUUCUGCCUCUUUUCCACAAACUCAUCAGAUCCGUACUUCAACACACUGGAGAACAGCAUGGUCAGUCUUUUUGUGCUACUGACCACGGCAAAUUUUCCAGAUGUGAUGAUGCCAGCUUACUCAAAGAACCGCUGGUCUUGUAUAUUCUUCAUUGUGUACCUGUCCAUUGAACUCUACUUCAUCAUGAAUCUGCUCCUGGCUGUUGUGUUUGACACCUUUAACGAUGUGGAGAAAAUGAAGUUCAAAUCUUUGUUGCUUCACAAACGCUCUGCUGUUGACUACGCCUUCCAGCUGUUAGUCAGCCGCCAGAGGCCGACUGGCGUCUCGCUGAAACAGUUUGAUGGCCUGAUGCGUUAUUACAGACCGAGGAUGUCUGCGAGAGACCGUUUCCUCACCUAUAAAGCUCUCAACACCUCUGGCGCGCCUAUGCUGAGUCUUCAGGACUUUUAUAAGUUCUAUGAGGUGACGGGCCUUAAAUGGAAGGCACGUCGCAGUGGAGAGCAUUGGUUUGAUGACCUCCCGCACACAGCCUACAUUAUUUUAAAAGGAAUCAACCUGCUCGUGAAAUCUAAGGCCUUUAAGUACACCAUGUAUGUCGUUGUGGCUAUUAAUGGCGUUUGGAUACUUGUGGAGACAUACACUCUUAACAGCAGUUUCUCCUGGUCAAGAUUGGUGCCAUGGAGUUACAUUGUCUUUCUUACAAUUUAUGGUGUGGAGGUGCUAUUGAAAAUAUCCGGUUUGGGACCAUUGGCUUAUUUCAGUUCCGGAUGGAAUCUCUUUGACUUCUCCGUUACCGUAUUUGCCUUUCUGGGUCUGAUCGCGCUGGCCUUCGACAUGGAGCCUUUCUACUUUAUCGUCGUGCUACGACCCCUUCAGCUGCUGAGGUUGUUUAAAAUCAAGAAGAGGUAUCGCAAUGUGUUGGAUACCAUGUUUGAGCUCCUCCCCAGGAUGGCAAGUCUCGGUUUGACCUUGAUCAUCUUCUACUACUCCUUUGCAAUUGUGGGCAUGGAAUUCUUCGCUGGUGCCGUCUACCCCAACUGCUGCAACACCAGCACGGUGGCUGACUCUUACAGGCAGGGCAACGUCACACAUGGUAACAAAACCGUGCUGGAGGAAGGCUACUAUUAUCUCAACAACUUCAACAAUAUUCUCAGCAGUUUUGUGACUCUCUUCGAGCUGACUGUGGUCAACAACUGGUACAUCACAAUGGAAGGUGUGACCUCCGAGACGAGCCACUGGAGCCGUCUCUACUUCAUGACCUUCUACAUCGUCACCAUGGUGGUUAUGACCAUCAUUGUGGCCUUCAUCUUGGAUGCGUUUGUGUUCCGCAUGAACUACAGCCGCAAGAACCGGGAAACCAUAGAGAACCCAGGGGAUGAGAACGGAAUCGUGUUUGAAGUAGAAGUGAGCCGAGCAGAAGCUCUGUCCACUUUAGAGUUAUACAAGCAGAUGUGUCCAGCGUCCCUCGGCUCGCUGGUGGCAGUCGUGCAAGUCAUGGACCGCAUUGGGAGCGAACAACACUCAUCUUCUCUAUUAUACCAAGGGCGAAGGUCAAGGACAAAGUGUGACCUAAGCAUGAAAAUGUAUGAGGAGGAGAUGCAGGAGUGGUAUUCAGAGUACUCAAGGGAAAACCUGCCUCAGCCAGACCAAAGUCAAGGACCCGACUCAGACAGUCCCACCUCCAGUCCGCCUUUUGUGCCUGCGCCUCAACUAAACUCACAUACUGGACGUUACAGCAUUAACUAACUCCUGUGACCAAUGACCAUCACACUCACUUCUUCCCACGCUGGGACUUGCUGGUGUUUUUUGAACUGAUAAGAGAUGAAGACAUGUCUCUGGACAGACAAGAUCACUGUACAGACUGGCAGGUGGUGCAGCGUCAUAUGAAUGGGACCGACCUGCCAAUACUUGUCUUAUAGUAUGUAAUGUACAUAUAACACAAGAAUCCUUUUGUGACCUAAUUUAAACAAAGUCGGGCUGCAGUGGAAAAUGUCAAUUAUAAAAUAUAGCUAAUUAAUUUCUUCAACAUGUUAACAAUUGAUAAAUUAGCCAUGUUUUUCCAAAUGAGCCCAAAUAGCAAUAACCAUGUAAUGCAGUAAUUCUCUUAUUGUGAAUUACUAGGUAUUAAGUCAGUUUUUGUAUAUUAACUAAAACUCUUUGUACUGUAUUAAAUUAUAUUAUU